AUAUCAAGCGAAUUCGAAUUACAAUCAAGUAUACAAGGAAAUUUUAAAGAUUCAUGGCAGUUUUCAUUCUCAAAUUACUGUUUCACAUAUUAGUGCUUUUUAUUUCUGCGGUUAAAUUAAUAAUUUAAAAUCGUUAUAAAUCAGCUGUUGUAAGUUGCUUUCUUGCGGAGAACGUAAAUUACGUUCUCUGUUACUUGUUAACGAACUGCAUUAUCGAUGCUAUAUUGUGUGAGGUUAUAUUGGUAUUAGGAAUACAAAUCAUACCGCGGUUCAUUCCAUAAGUAAUUGAAGUAAAUAAAUUUGUGUUUAUUUGUUAAAAUUUUCAACUACUGAUAAAAGAAUGGAUGGUCCAAGUUUAUUUUAUCGAGAAGUUUUACCAGACACUUCGUGUCAAGAAGAUUGGACCGAGAUUCAAUUGAAUACUGGCGCGACACAGAGCACUCUACAAGAUAUAAAAGUUGUGGAAAAGGCAGGCGGAUAUUGCUACCGAAAUGUGCAACUAAAUCACAAUCGGAAUCGUUUCAUUUAUUGGCACACAUACCAAGAUGUUCUUGAACUAUCGGAGGUUUGUUUGGAUUUCACUUUGUAUAAAAACAAUGUUAGGUACAAAUUUUCCGACACUCCUGUUUUAAAUGUUGCAAUAAGCGAGCAAGAUCGGUUUGUCACUAUAUUAGUGACAACAGUUUGUAGUUUACAUCAUAUAAAAUUCCCACAUCCAGAUACUUUGGCGGAUGGUGGAGCCAGCAGUGUCAGUUUAAAAAGCGCAUCGAACAAUUUUCAAUCGACCACUGGUGGAGUUUCAAUAGAUUUCAAAGAUUCGCAAACAUUUUCAAUAUUUCACGAAGCUAACAACUCUUCUGUGCGUGAUCCGAGCAGCUUCUAUGUUAUUGAUACACAAAAUGCCGCAUCAAGUGCAGUACCUCACGCUGCGACCAGUUUUUUAUCGCCCAGUGGAGAAGAGGCAUACUUUGCUUUAGCGUGUCAAUCUGAGCUUAUGUUGUACAUAAUGAAUUGCGAAAAUGGUUCUACGACAUCUCAGGCCUUGAAGGAAAAUAACAUAAUGCCUCGUCUGUUCUCAAAUUUGAAAAACGCCCUCACAGGUAAAAGUGACGUUUCGGACGCUAACCAUGCCAAUUCAGUCGUGUUCAAUUAUUUCAAUGGACAAAUAUAUUUAUUGGCUUUGUACCGUGACGAUCAGUUGCGGGUGUGGUCAACGAAUAAUUUUCAAUGUAUCAGUUCCAUUGAUUGUAUACGCGAAAACAAUAAACAACGAACACAAGGGCCUCAAAGCAAUGUUCUACGUAAAAUAAACGACACCUCAGUGUGUGCGUUUUUAUCUCAUGCUAACCGAUCGGAAUUUGUAUGCAUAGAUAUUCACGAAGAUGCUGGGUCGUCAUCGGGAUUGAGCUUAAGCUAUCGUAAAAAUAUCCCUGCACCCCUACUAGAUUUAGCCGAUUUUGCGAUAGCAGAGAGCAGAAUUUGGGCACUAUGGACGAAUGCAGAAGGUGAAUUUAGUAUCUCAAAUUACCCGCUAAUGCGUGGCCUCGGCAUGAGUUGGUCGUCUGUAGCGAUGGAACCACCACCAGACCGAUAUCUCAUAGGAAAUGAUCAUAGCAUGGACCCGCGUGAAGCAUAUUGCAAUUAUAUAUUUCAACUAGGCACUUUCGAAAGAGAAGUCAUUGCUAAAGCAUUAUUUAUGUUUCGACGUACGAAUCUGCGUUUCGAGUCAAAACAUUGCACACUGCCAGUACUGAAAGAUCAAGUUUGUCAAGCUGUCGAAGAUGAAAUACAAAAUGAAGUCAAAGAGUUCGACGUCACUGAUGAGGAUUACUUGGAAAUAGCGACGCGUCAAUGGGAACGUUUCUAUUCAUGUUGCGAACAAUACCACUUGAAAUCCUGUCAACCCUGCGGUCUCUUUGUGCUCGAAUCCAUCGAUGGAGUAUGUUUGGUGAAAAAGAACAACUUUUCACUAUUGCGUCCUUGCGAUACAUUAGAACAUCUUAUGCUUGCGGCUGAAGAUCUCGACACAAGCACAAUUGUAUCAACCUACUUUGCAGACAAUGAAAGAGUAGGUGAAGACCUAGUUACUUUGGUGUCCAUUGUAGCUCAGCUGGAGCGCUGGCUGCCAGAUGAAGUCAAAUUGGACGUGGAUAAACGUCUUUACCGCUUAGAAAUGCCAAAUGUAUUCAUUGCAAAAUUGAGCGAUGAAAUUUUAGCAGGAGACCCUGAUAGUGAAAUACUGCCAGGCAGUUUCCUAGUAUGGAUUAGACAAAAAUUGCAGUCCAUUAAUGACAUGCGAAUGGCAAUGAUGCUGCUACUUGAUAGUCUACGAAUGGAUAAUGGCAAUCCGGCCGGAAUGCAAACCAACAUCGGUUUAACGCAAUCGUCGCAAUUUGUUAACUCAGUGGGAGUGCUUUUUGGCAGCCAUUUGGGUUUGUCAGUGUUAUCGGAAACAGUACGCCAAAUAACUGCAGUAAAAUUUUCAAUUUGUCGCAACCUACUUAUACUGCAACAAAUACUAAUCGACACUUAUUCGCUUAGCGUUGAUUUGUUGGAAACCGUAAGGUCCCAUUUUAUACCCGACAUAACAAUUUUCUUACAAUCGUACUUCGUAAUGGGUUGGAUAUCACAGACGCCUGUGAAUAUCAGCGCAGCUGCUUCAUUAGAAAGCUCCAUUCAACGCUUGAAUCUGCUGCAACUGGCAAAUGGCUCCGGUCGGAUAUAUACAAAUGGUGGUAAAUACCAUGUAUCUCCUUUGCUACGUGUCUUCCUCAAUGCUAAGGGAUUGUAUACAGCUGGAGCACUGUACGCAGAAAAUUUCAAGGACAGCGAGAACGUUCCUACUUGGUCCAAUACAUUGCUGCCGCUAACUACAAUUGUGAGCCAGUUAAUUUGGCCGGUUUCGUUUAAUUUUGUAUUUGGUGAAUGGUUGUUUGGGACUUGUCAGCACAUUGCCAUACAGGAUUAUGUACGAUUGCUCAGCAAUUGGUGUGAAUGGAAUAUUUGCUCACGACAAUUUAUACUAGCCGUGUCUUUGUUGGAUUGUGGAGAAACAUAUAAGGCCUACGACCUUUUCCUGCAAUCCGCUAAAGGUGUCCUGCGAGAGCAGUUCUUGAUUGACAAAAUCCUUAAGGGCACCGCUCUAGCUAAACAUUGCGAGAAUCUCACUGCGAUGAGUGAAGAUGGUGGUGGUGGUGAUAAUUUAGAUAAUAACAUAAAUAACCAGGUCAUCACGCAGUACUAUUUGAAAGUGAUACAACUGCUUGAGCAGCAUAACGCAUUGGAUCACAUUAUUUCUAUGGCGCAAGUAGCAAUUGGAUUGCUGGACAAAUCCGAUCCUCAGUUGCCGAUGUUUCAGUCGAUUGUGUUCAAUAAUCACUUACGUUUGGAACACUAUGAGGAGGCUUACCAUUCGCUUAUCUACAAUGCGGAGCUAUCGCGACGCAAGGAUUGUUUACGACAGCUGGUCGUGACGUUAUUUAAUCGCAAGAGACUUGAUCUUUUAAUGCACUUCCCAUAUGUUGGAUUGCAUGAAGAGUUUGAAAAUAUUGUCGAAUCACGUGCACGCUCACUAGUAAUUGAUCAAAAUGAGGUCUAUGACUUUCUGUAUGCCUUUCAUGUGAACAAUGGAAAUAUGAGAAAAGCUUCUGCCAUCAUGUAUGAACAGGCAAUGCGUUUUCAGUUGGAAAGCGAUACGGUAGAAUCCAUGGAGAAACGCUGUUCAGCACUUUUAGUUUGCAUCAAUUCGUUGCAUCUUAUUGAUCGUCGGUAUCGUUGGAUUGCGAAACCUGUAAUUGGCGUGGAUGACAUACCUCCACCGAGUGCAGUUAACGAUGCCGAGCCAAUGGACAAUAAAUCAGAUGAAGAGUGCGGUCGUGAGCAAGUGGUGGUAUUAGAAAUAAAGGAUAUAAAACGAGAAUUACUUCAGACAGAAGCAUUAGUGCGGCUUGCUGAUCACCGCAAAGACGUACAGACCUUCAUCAAUGCAGGACCACAAGAGUUGGCGAUUAUCUUAUCUGGCUGUGGUCUAUAUACCGAUGCAUUGAAACUGGUAAACGGUUUUGAGAUAUCACCACUUCCCAUAUUCGACAGUUUAACUUCUGCGUGCGUUCGCAUUGACGAUGAAGGUGCCAAUGAAACAUGGGCGUGGUUACAAGAAAAUGACUUGGCUGACUUGCCUCACCGCAACAAGCCCGCCGACAUGGCCUGGUCACUACUACAAAAAUUAGUUUACGACAAUGAAUUGGAAAAUUCGACACGUAUACGCAAAUCUGUGGUUAAUAAGCUUUUAAGCUUGAACGCUUUCGUACCACAAUGGCUGUACAAUGACUACAAACUGGCAAAUUGCAGAGAACUAUUGUAUUUAUUUGUAAAACACAAUCGCUUGCUUGAAGCUGCGGAACUAGCACAGGAAAUGAUUAACGCAAUGUUAGGAGCCGGCAGUGAGUACUUCAGUUUUAAGCAUGCUAUCGCAGUUACAAAUCCAGAAAUGUGUUUGCCUGUCAACACCCUUGAUCUUUUAUUGCAUGGAUUGAGACUAAACGCUGAUUCAGAUAUAGAGUAUAAACAGGUUCUCACUGAAUUGGAAGACGUUGUGCAGAACUACAUUGAUACAGCACAACGUACAGCAGAGGACAAAAUUCAAAUGGCAUUUCAGGAAGAAUAUUCAAAACAUGUGCGUCAGCAAGCUGCGGCUUAAAUUCUCUAUUUAUAAUCAG